UUUCGUUACUACCAUCAUUUUUAAUCAUUUUUGUACCAAAUUUUUUUUUUUUGUUUCGUUAUAAUUUUGUCUUCUUUUUGUUAGUUUUAUGUAUUAUUAUAUUACAUAUAAUAUAUAUAAUUUAUUAUUUGUAAAUAAAUAACUAAACAGUUUAUACAUGUCGAACUCACAAUCUGUAUUCAAUUUCUGCCAUGUUAAUUACAGGACCCCUGACAAUAUGAUGUCUUCAAAGAGUGAAUUAAAAAAAUUGUCUGAAGAAAGUUUGACCAGGCAGCCAGAAGAAGUGUUUGACAUUAUUUGUAAACUCGGAGAAGGAUCCUAUGGAAGUGUAUUUAAAGCACUACACAAAGAGUCUGGCCAAGUACUUGCUAUUAAGCAAGUACCGGUCGACACCGAUCUUCAGGAAAUCAUAAAAGAAAUAUCCAUUAUGCAACAAUGCGAUAGUCCCUAUGUAGUUAAAUACUAUGGUUCAUAUUUUAAGAAUACUGAUUUAUGGAUUGUUAUGGAAUAUUGUGGUGCUGGUUCAGUAUCUGACAUCAUGAGAUUAAGAAAAAAGACUCUUUCAGAAGACGAAAUAGCUACUAUCUUGUCAGACACACUUAAAGGACUUGAGUACUUACAUUUAAGGAGAAAAAUACAUAGGGAUAUUAAAGCUGGAAAUAUAUUAUUAAAUUCAGAAGGACAUGCUAAACUAGCUGAUUUUGGGGUCGCAGGACAGCUCACUGAUACAAUGGCCAAAAGAAAUACUGUAAUAGGAACUCCAUUUUGGAUGGCACCUGAAGUAAUCCAAGAAAUAGGAUAUGAUUGUGUUGCUGAUAUGUGGAGCCUAGGAAUAACUGCAUUGGAAAUGGCUGAAGGCAAACCUCCAUAUGGCGAUAUACAUCCAAUGCGCGCUAUAUUCAUGAUACCAACUAAACCACCACCUUCAUUUCGAGAACCAGAUAAGUGGACUCCAGAAUUUAUUGAUUUUGUUAGUCAAUGUCUGAUUAAAAACCCAGAUGAACGAGCAACAGCUACAAAAAUGUUAGAUCAUGAAUUUAUUGGAAAUGCAAAGCCACCAGAAAUUUUAAGUCAGAUGAUUGCUGAAGCAAGAGAAAUUCGAGAGAAUCAAACUCUCCGUUCUAAUGCAUCAUGUAAAGUAACAUCAGCUGAGCAUAAAGAUCAAAACUCUAAAGACGAUGAUAUUGAUAGUCGUACAAUGAUAGUAGAUGAUAGUACCCUUGUACCAGAUAAAUCAAAAGGGACAAGUUUAAAAAGUAAUUCAGUUAUUGAAGAAUUAAGAACAAUGGUAAUUAAUAGUGAUGGAGAAGAUGAUUCCACAAUGAAAAGACAUGAUACUGGACCUGAAGAAUCUGGUAGAAAAUAUAGACCCUUAUUCUUAGAUCAUUUUGAUAAAAAGAUUGCAGAAAAAUCAAAAAACGAUAAUUUUGAGUCGGAAAACAAAUUAUUUGAUGAUGGACCAGAUUCCGUUCAAGAUAUUUCUCAAAAUGAUGAAUGUGAAAAAACUAUAACUUCACAUCAAUUUCCUAUGCCACAAAUAAAUUGUAGACCUGACGUAAAUGCACCUAAUACUCUUCAUCAAAACCGACACUAUUCACCAAUUGUUGAUGGAGACUUUGAAUUUUUAAGAUAUUUAACUUUUGAUGACUUGCAACAACGAAUGUCUAAUUUGGAUUCUGACAUGGAACGUGAAAUUGAUGAGCUACGACGUCGCUAUCAAACAAAACGCCAACCAAUACUAGAUGCUAUGGAUCAGAAGCGUAAACGACAACAAAAUUUUUGAAAUAUUUAAUAUCUGUACAGUUUAACAUUAUAGUUACAAACAAACUGAUGGCUGACCUCAGAUUUCCCCUGAUUAAGGUGCUAUGUAUAUGUAUGCCAGUCAGUUGCAUGGCAGAUAAUAUUUAUAAGCCAAACUUCCAAAUAAUUUUUGAAACAUGAUAUUAUAAUUGAUCAAUUGAUUUAUAAAUGAUCAUUGUAAUAGCAUAAAAAAAUGUCUAAGUCAUUUCUUCUGUCUUAAGUAUUAUUAUGGGACAAGUUGUUUUAAUCUGAUAGUAUCGAAAGUACAAUUGUGUAAUAAAAUAAGUAAAGAAAUCAAGUAUAAUUUCUAUACAACUAUCUAUAUUUAUUUUAAAAAUUUAAUAAAGUUUUCAAACACAUUUAUAUUUAUAUUUUUAUUCAUAUUAAUUACCAAAAGUAGAGUAAGAAAUUAUUUAAAAUAUAUAGAAACAUAUAAUAUUAAUCAUGUAUUGAUUAAUUAUCAAUUACACCAGUAUAGGAUAUAAUUUUAGUUUUUUUUUUCAUUUAUAAAAUUGAUAUUUUUCCAAUAAUUGUUGGUCUUCCUUCAUUUUCUUCUGAUUUCUUAAGAACAUAUUUUUAUAAGAAAUAAUAGCCUCUCAUUAAAUUAUAGUUUAUCAUCUUAUUGAUGAUAUAUCUUAAUUAACUAUUGAAUAGUGAUUCAUUAUAUUUGUUGGGCUUAGGUAUGUAGUUGUAUUAAAAAAAAUAAUCAAAAUAUAUUUUGUCUAUGUAUAAUAAGAAAUUAAUCUUUAUUUAAAUAAAAUAUAAUUGGCCUAUAGUGGUAUUUAAAAUAUUGAAUUGAAUAUAAUUCAUAACUAAAAUUAUGAUCUGUAAUUUAAAUAUUUUUUUUUUAUCAUUUAACAACUAAAUAAGAUAUUUUAAUAAAAUAAUAUUUUGGAAUUGUUCGGCUAAAUAAAAAUGACUGCACAAAUCAAAUUUAAUUAGGUAUAUUUUAAUUACAAUUUUAUAUUUAAUAGGAGCAAUAUAUAAAUCAUGUACUAAAAUGUUAAAAAUGUAGACAGGACAGGGUGCAAAAAUUGUAACCAUAAUCGAGAUUCAAAGACUGGUUAUUACUUAUUUUUUGAUUUUAUUUUUAAUGAUUUGUAUUUUCAGUCCAUUUCUUUAAAUUAUGUUUAUUGUAUAAUGUAGGUAACCAACCCAACUAUUGCUAUUCUAGUGUAAUAGAAAAAAGACUGACUGGAAAUUGAAAUCAUUAGAUCUAAUAAAUGUUUAUAUAAUUGUAAAAACCAAUAAUUAUUUUUUUUUUGGUUCAUACACUUAAAUAAAAACAAAAAGUUUCUGGUCAAAAAUGAAUUAUAAUCUUAAUGUAUUACAUUUUAUGUAUUUUGUUGUUGUUAUUUUAUGUUAAUUUGCUUUCAAUUUAAUUUUUUUUUUUAAGUGAGUUUAAUAAAAUAAAAUCUUGGUAUCAAGGUUGUUAUCUUUUAGAUAAAAAAUAAAUAUUUAUUAGGGGUAAAUAUUUAUUUAUUUAGAUGUAUGUGUAUUAUGUAACAUUUGUAUUUUUGAUGUACAACAAAACAACUACUUUUGUUUCAUAUUAAUUAAAAAAAGUGUUUGUUUGAAAUAUGGUAAUUUCUGUUAACAUGUUUUUAAAAAUAAAAAAUAAUAAUGCUAUUAAUUGAUUUAAUACUAUACUUUGUCUACUGUAUAUUUUUAUCUCUAGACUUAUAAAAUCAAUUAUGCUUGGAAAAUUUAUAAAAUAGUUUAUUCUAUUAUAAAUUAUUAUUUUAAAAUUUAAAAUACAUGUUUGUCUUAUGGAAAACUUAAAAUUUGUCUCAUAUUUACAUGAAUUGCUCAAAAUUUCCCAUUUUAGUAUAUAAUAUUUACCAUUAAAAAUAUUUUACUAUAUGCGUAAUGUGUUGUAUUAACAAUUUUUUUUUUUUUUGUGAAACAUUUUUAACCUAAACAAUGUUAACUGUAUUGUGAUAGUUGUACAACUUUUACUGUAGUAUUGUAUUAAUUCAACAUUGUUCGAUUGAUCAUGUUAUAUCAUAUUAUGUCUACAAUAACAUAUACAUUAAAUUUGCACAUACCGACCUGUGUAUUAUAAUAUUUUUACCUUGUUUUUAUUUUAAUUACCCGUUUAAUUUAUUCAUUUAAUUUUCAAAACAACAUAUUAAAUUCUUAACAAUUCUGCUAUAAUUACAGUUAAGGUUUGAUUUAGUCACAUAAAUUAUGCUAUUCUAUUGUCUAUACUAUUAUAACAUUGUUAAUAAAAUAAUUUUAUACAAAAAAUAUAAAAUAAAAAUAUUGUUUAAACUGUGGA